ACUGGUGCCAACCGGGACAUUUUGAUAGUGUGUGCUAAUUAAAUUAAGGAAAAUAAAACUAUAUUUAAUACAUAAUAUUGUAUCUACGUUUAAUCGAUACAAAGAAGAAAAAACUUUUGUUCAACAAAUAUUAUGCGAGUGACUUAAAACAUUGGAAAUUGUUAGAAAAGACAAUGUGUUUUUCUUUACGAGUUUCAAGAUAUAUAUAUCUGAAGUUAUUUAGAAGUUUUAUAUUGAAGAAUCGUAUCACUCGAUCACGAAAAUACAAGAAGUUUGGCAAGUCAAAGAAACUGAAAGUGUCAUGGCGGCGACGUUAGCUCUCACAUGGGUUAUUCUGUUUAGUGCCUGCCAUGUGUUUGGACAAAGUCUAGAUAGCAUGCCGUUUGAGAACAAUGGUGUAUGCAGCAAAAUGAUCUGCAACACAUUGGAGAAAUUGAAUGAAUUAAAGAACUGCAUGGUAGUGGUUGGAAACCUUCAAGUUUCGCUUUUAGAGAAAGCGAAGAGAGACGAUUUUGAGGGAAUAUCGUUUAAUCUCAGAGAGGUUACUGGAUAUGUGGUGUUCUAUCGAGUGAUUGGUUUAGAGUCAAUCGGACAGUUGUUCCCGAACCUGACUAGAAUACGAGGAGCACAAUUAUUGAACGACUAUUCACUGAUCGUUUACGACAUGCCCAAUCUCAAAGAGAUCGGCUUGUACAGUCUGUUGAGAAUAGAUCGGGGCGGGAUAAUAGUGUGGGCCGCGCCGCAGGCCUGUUACCUGAACACGAUCAAUUGGAAGAUCAUAGCGCCCAGGUCCCGCCACGUGCUUGGCUCGUCCGACGUUAAGAUGCAAUGCGUCUCCACGUGCAGGUGUACUAGUGAUGUGGAAACGAACUACUGCUGGAAUUACAAAAAAUGUCAGCGUUACGUAGAGGGGCCUGAAGCAGACAAAUGCAGCGAACAAUGUCUCGGCUGUAAGAAGACCAACGGAAACAGUUGCAGUGUUUGUCGAAAUUAUACAUACAAAGGGCGCUGUCUGUCCAAAUGUCCAAAUAAUACAUUACUUCUAUCAAUGAACAAGUAUUGUUUAGAUAAAGAAGAAUGCUCUCAUUUAAAAGGAUGGCCAUGGAACAACACCUGUGUCUUUGAUUGCCCACUGGGCUACGUCGUUUCUAACAUCUCAAAUAACAUAAGCUGCAGACUCUGUCCCAAAUGUCACAAGACUUGCAACAGUUUGGUUAUACAAGCAACGAGCGCCAUACAGGCCGCUCAGAGGUGCGUCUACAUCAACGGCUCCCUCACAGUACACAUCAGAGCGAUUCCAGAAGCAAUGGAUGAACUGAGAACAUACCUCGGUCAGAUAGAAGAAGUUUCAGACUUUAUUGUCAUUUAUGGAUCACUCGUUAUAACGUCCUUAGAAUUCUUAUCCUCUCUUCGGUAUAUCGGUGGUAGAAAUUUAAAAGACAAUAAAUACAGUCUCGUCGUAGACGGUAUGGUUAAUCUUCAAUCGUUAUUCACCCCAAACGUGACGAAUAAUCUAAAAAUUGGCCGCGGCGCGCUUAACUUCUCCCGUAAUCCCGUUUUGUGUAUCAACCACAUAGAACAAUUGAAUCGUUUGUUUCCAGUGAAGCCUGACAAUUCUGAUCUACUGCACAGUAACGGUUACAGCGGUGGCUGCAAGUACGCGUCCGUGGGCCUUCAAAUACGAGUAGUGAACGAAAGUUCUGCUCUGGUGAUGUUCACUCCAAUGGAGGAGCCGGACGUACACUACACCAUAUUGUACAUACGGCUACCCAUCGGGUCGCACAAGAUGUUUGUGCCUGAAACUUGCAGUGACUCUGAAUGGCAUGCUAUAAAUGUUCCAAUACAUUUUGGUAAAAAUGGUCUAGUGGAACUGACAUCUUUGCGACCAGCGUCCACUUACGCACUAUGUAUAGAAAGUUAUGACGCUCCACGAAAAUAUCUUGCAAGAAGCACCAUUUUCAAUUUUACGACACCAGUUGGCAAACCAGAGCCACCUUUUAUUUCUGAACUAGUCGCAAAUUCUUCAACGCUUGUAGUUUUGAGAUGGGUGGACCACAAAGUGUACCGUCCGCAUAUAACGCGAUAUGAAAUUGAUUUAACUAUUAUAGAUAUUAAUUUAAAAAAUGUGGGGAUUCGAAAUCAUUGCAAAGACGACAAUAUACCGGAAAUAGACUACUUUCGCCACGCCGUGGUGAUGAGACCUCCAUCUGAUUAUGAUAGAAGCUGCGAAUCAAUGUGUGGAGUUCUGUCGACUGUCACCGCGGGUGCUCUAGUUGAAGAUUACCUUGAUUUUUGUAGUGACGAAGAUUCUGACUGCAAUAUUGAUGAGGAGAAGGCUCCUACUAAUACAACGUUAGGAAGGUUUGUUCGUACCAUGUUUCUAAAUAUUAGUGGACCACAGAAUGACUUUCAAAUCGGUGGCUUAGCACCGUAUAGAGAUUAUAGAUUCCGGUUGCGCGCUUGUGUUGGAGAUAUUUGCAGUCGCUCUGCACGAAGUGUGGUUAGAACUUUGUAUUCAGAUUAUGCGGAUGUACCUAAGUUAACUUAUGCGAAUGCGAACGACGACGGUGAGAUUUCGGUAAAAUGGAAACCGCCUGAUUUUGUGAACGGCAUUGUACUGUCCUACUCUGUGCAAGUGCUCAUUCCAAAAAUUACAGAGACUGAUGACAUUGAAUUCUCACCAAAUGUGUGGUGUGUAGCUGCUGAGAAAUUUAAUUUAGUUGUUAAGUAUAUAGUAACGAAAAAAUACUACGUCAGAGUUUGUUCAUCCAGCCUUGCACAGAGCAAUGCGUGUGGUGAGUGGAAAACUGUCAUUGCAGUCACAGAGUACACUCAGAACUGGUGGUUUGCUGUUCUGUUCGGGCUUUUGUUAUUUAUAACUUCGAUUGCGGUGUGUGUAUAUUGUAAGAAAAGAGAUAAUACAGACCAGGUUCCUCUUAUAGACAUGACGCCUACAUAUAAUAUGACCGAUACUGAACCGCCUUUCAUGUUAUCAGACCUAGUGCCUCUCUCCGUGUUUGUAGAUCACAAUAAUUAUACAAUGUAAAAUUUUAAGAGACCUACAAUAAAAUAUUUUAUACAUAAAACUAUUAUCAUUGUAAUUCAUACCAUACUAUAUCAUACCAGCCUGUUAUAAAUCUGCCUGAAAGAUUUAAAUGUCAUAUAAA